AUGAUAGACCCCAAUUCAUUGCCAUAUUACAAUCCAGAGGUUGACCGGAAGGUUGCCGUCAUAACAGGAGGAAACAGCGGGAUUGGUUGGUACACUGUGCUGCAUUUAUAUAUGCACGGGUUCACAGUGUACUUAUGUGGACGCACUUCACAUAAGAUAAAGAAAGCCAUCAAUGAGAUUACCAUUGAGGCAGAAGCAAGACUGGGGUUAUUAGAAAAAGAGGUCGACGAUUUUGGAAAGGAUAUUCAUCUUGGAUCUCUCCGGUAUAUUCAUAUGGAUUUAACUGAUCUAAAAUGCGUAGAAAAAGCUGCACAGAAAUUGUUGAAGCUAGAGGAUAAAAUAGAUGUGCUGAUAAAUAAUGCCGCCAUAUUGGCAAUACCUUACGAAUUAACUAAAGACGGGUUUGAAAUUCAACUACAAACAAAUUAUAUUGCACAUUUUCUAUUGACUAUGAGAUUGUUACCUGCAAUUAAGAAAUGCCACGGAAGAAUAAUAACUUUAGGGUCAUUAGGUCAUCGUUUGGAGGUCACAUAUUGGAAUUUAAAUAAGAAAUGGGAUUAUAAACCUAAUAUGAUAUUCACCUGGUUCAGAUAUGCUGUGGCUAAGACUGCAUCGAUUCAAUAUACAAAGAUGCUUUCCAUUAAGUAUCCAGAGGUACUGUGCCUGUCUCUUCAUCCUGGCUUAGUAAUGAAUACGAACUUGUUCAGUUAUUGGACAAGACUCCCGAUUGUCGGAAUGUUUUUCUGGUUAUUCUUUCAAAUCAUUGGAUAUUUCGUUGGGGUAUCUAAUGAACAAGGUUCUUUGGCUACACUUCACUGUGCUCUAUCCCCUGACCUUACCCCAGAGAGAGAUAAUGGAAAAUAUUUUACCACAGGUGGUGUAGAAUCGAAAUGCAGUUAUGUUGCCAACAACCUGGAUGAUGCGGCGUCUACAUGGAUAUGGACUAUCCACGAAUUAAAGGACCGUGGAUUUAACAUAUAG